AUGGAAUUUUUAGAAUUUCUUGACAGGUACAAAAAACAUUUUCCUGAAGCAAUACCUGAACAAGUUAAUGUAGCCUUUCAAGUUAGCAAUGAACAUUCAGUCUCUUCCCAAGAAGAAAUGAACGAGAUUAAGAAAAAGGUUCGAUUUCUUGAGGUUGAGCUCCACAAAACCAAAUAUACCAUUACAGUUUCGCACGAAGUAGGAAAAAAUUUCUUAGACACAGCAAGCAUUUCCCCUAAUGAAAUCCUUUCUUUCCUCACAAGUGAAACACCAAUAUUGAUCGAAAGUUUAGAUUUAUCACUUUUACAACAGCAUUGCGAUAACGAAAGUAAA